UUUAAAUUUUAAAUAUGGAUUAAUGGAGCACCUUGACCGGGUAGUAUAUGUAGCACCAAGAGUAUAAAAGGCCCGCGCAAAAUCGUGCUCUGCACAAUGAAACAGAGUCUCUUCCCUUGGAAGUUUCUCGUACUAGUUCGAUAAAACCCCAUUCAAAGCCCUCCAAAAACCCAAAUUGAAAAGUGAAAAGCUUCAGAGGCGACAGAUUAUUGUUUCUCUUCAGCAAUGGCGAGCAAAUUCAAAGUCGACGAGCUUCGUGCAGAGCUGGCUAAACGCGGCCUUGACACAACCGGCACCAAGCCCACACUGGUGCGAAGGCUGGAAGAAGCUAUCCAGGAAGAGAGCAACCGUCAGUCCACUAGUUCAAACGGUGCUCGGGGAAACGGCAAUAAUCGGAAAAGGCAGAGGGAUGGUUCGGAGAAUGAAGACACUGAGAAGAAUAAAGUCAAGGUAACAGAGGAACUGAGGAGCAUGACUGUUAAGCAACUGAGGGAAGAAGCAAGCCGUCGUGGGAUUUCAACUAGCGGGUCGAAGAAAGAACUAGUUGAGAGGCUUUCUUCUAUCGUUGAUGAUGGUUCAGAUAACGGUAAAUUACAGGACGUUAUUGAAGUUGAAGAAGUUAAGGAAGAGAAAUUGGUCACAUUAACAAAGAAAGGUGCAGCUGUUUUAGAUCAAUGGCUUCCUGAUGACAUCAAGGCAAAUUACCAUCUUCUGCAGUGUGGGGAUGAAAUUUAUGAUGCAAUGCUGAACCAGACAAAUGUUGGACAGAACAAUAACAAGUACUAUGUUAUUCAAGCUUUAGAAUUUGAUGGUGGUGGGAAAUUCCUAGUCUACAACAGAUGGGGCAGAGUUGGUGCCAAGGGUGGAACAAAGGUCUUUGGCCCCUAUACAUCUCAACAUGAUGCAAUUCAUGAAUUUGAGAGCAAGUUCUAUGAUAAAACUAAGAAUCAUUGGCCCAACCGUAAGGACUUUGUUUGCUACCCAGGGAAAUAUACUUGGUUGGAAAUGGACUACAGUCAAAAUGGAGAAGAUUCAUCAGUUUCAGGAGAGCCAAACUCUUUAAUGAAAAAUCAACCCCGUGAAACAAAACUGGAAGGACAAAUUGCCAAGUUCAUUUCUCUUAUUUGCAAUGUUAGCAUGAUGAAGCAACAAAUGAUGGAAAUAGGAUUUAAUGCUGACAAGUUGCCCCUAGGCAAGCUGAGCAAAUCAACAAUUUCAAAGGGCUAUGACGUCUUGAAGAGGAUUGCUGAUGUGAUUAACCAAUCAGAUAGAAAGAUGCUUGAAAAUUUAAGCAGUGAAUUCUACACUGUCAUUCCUCAUGACUUUGGCUACAAAAAGAUGUGUGAGUUUACCAUUGAUACCCCUCAGAAGUUGAAACGCAAAUUGGAAAUGGUUGAAUCUCUUGGAUUAAUUGAGGUUGCCACUAAGUUGCUGGAGGACCCAACUGAGUUACAGGAUGAUCCCUUAUAUUAUCAUUAUCAGCAGCUACAUUGUCAAAUGACUCCAGUUGAUGUUGGCACUAAAGAGUAUCUAAUGGUUGAGAAAUAUAUGAAGAAUACACAUGCGAAGACACAUUCAAGUUAUAAUGUGGAUAUUGUUCAUAUAUUCAGGGUGGCCAGAGAUGGUGAAGAAGAACGAUUUCAGAAGUUCUCCAACACAAGAAACAGGAUGCUUUUGUGGCAUGGUUCUCGACUAUCCAACUGGAUUGGUAUUCUGUCCCAAGGUUUACGUAUUGCUCCUCCAGAAGCCCCUGCAACUGGUUACAUGUUUGGGAAAGGAGUUUAUUUUGCUGAUAUGUUCUCUAAGAGUGCAAAUUAUUGCUAUACAAGCCCUACUGCUGGGGAUGGUGUGUUACUUUUAUGUGAGGUUGCUCUUGGAGAAAUGAAUGAGCUGCUUACAGCAAACUAUAAUGCUGACAAAUUACCAAAGGGGAAGCUAAGUACCAAAGGAGUUGGUGCCACUGCUCCAGAUAUUUCAGAGGCUUGUACACUCGAAGAUGGCGUUGUUGUUCCCUGUGGAACCCCUAAAGAGCAGCCAGGCAUAAAGGGUAGCUUGUUGUACAAUGAGUAUAUAGUUUACAAUGUGGAGCAAAUUAGGACACGCUAUGUUGUACAGGUGAAGUUUAACUUUGGGAGACACCAGGGCUGAUAUUUAACUUAGAAUGUCAGAAUUUUAUUUUUUUAAACAAUAACCUAGAUGUGGUAGUAAGCUAAAUACAGGAAGACUGAUAACGACUAUGUUUGUUUAGAGCUUAUAGCUUAUUAGUUGCUUAAAAUAAGCUAUAAACUCUUAAAUAAGCUUUGCCAAACAGUCAUUUAGUCAUGACUCGUGAUCAUACAAAAUAGAGAGCUUAGCAGGGGUUAGUUUCAAAGAGUUCCGGAUCCAGCUUUGAUCUGCAGAGAGGGCAGUCCGGGUGGUUGGCCAGCCACGCAUCCGCGCAUUCUACAUGGAAGCCAUGGUUGCAACCCGGAAUCAACCGAACAGGUUUGUCGCUCCCUAUAUCUUCCAAACAAACAGCACAAUCAUUCCCCAGGACCAAAUCCUUGCCUGUGAUUCUUGGAAGCUUGUUAAGCUGCGUGGCAGAUAGACCCUU